AUGGGUUCCGAGAACAAGGAUCUGCGGGUCGCUGCUUCACUGGAGUCGGAGCCGCGCGCUCGGCUGACGGCAAGUCGUGGCGUGGCUCGCUGCGAGGCGCUAAUUAAUUCACUGCAAGUGGCGGGCGGAGAGGGAAGACGAACGAGCGAUGGAGAAAAGGCGCUGUUCCCGCGCUUCGCCGAGCCCAUCCCCAACGUGACCGUGACGGUGGGCAGAGACGCGCUGCUCGCCUGCGUCGUCGACAACCUGCGCGGCUACAAGGUGGCGUGGGUGCGCGUGGACACACAGACCAUCCUGUCCAUCCACCACAACGUCAUCACGCAGAACCCGCGCAUCUCGCUGUCCUUCAACGACCACCGCUCCUGGUACCUGCACAUCAAGAACGUGCACGAGACGGACCGCGGCUGGUACAUGUGCCAGGUCAACACCGACCCCAUGCGCAGUCGCCAGGGCUACCUGCAGGUGGUUGUGCCGCCGAGCAUAGUGGACAAGGAGACCAGCACGGACAUGGUGGUGAGGGAGGCCUCCAACGUGAACCUCACCUGCAAGGCGGUCGGCUACCCGGAGCCCUACGUCAUGUGGCGGCGAGAGGACGGUGCUGACAUCAACUACAAUGGCGAGAACGUGAACGUGGUGGACGGCGAGCUGCUGCACCUGACCAAGGUGAGCCGCCUGCACAUGGGCGCCUACCUGUGCAUCGCCUCCAACGGCGUGCCGCCGUCCAUCAGCAAGAGAGUGGUGCUGCGCGUGCAGUUCCCGCCGAUGCUGUCCAUCCCCAACCAGCUGGAGGGCGCCUACGUGGGCCAGGACGUGUCCCUGGAGUGCCACACCGAGGCCUACCCCACCUCCAUCAACUACUGGACCACGGACCGCGGGGACAUGAUCGUGUCUGGAGAGAAGUACGAGUCGGUGGUGAUGGACAACGGCUACACCAAGUACAUGAUGCUGAAGAUACGCAGCGCGGGCAAGGCGGACUUCGGCUCGUACCGCUGCGUCGCCAAGAACUCUCUGGGCGAGACGGAUGGCGUCAUCAAGCUGGACGAAAUACCUGCACCAUCCACCACUACGGCAGUCAUUAGCGUGACGCUACCAACCAACGCGAGGAAAAAAGGUCGCGGUCGCAGCCAGCAGCGCCAGAAGCCCGGCGGCAACACCAGCAGGGACCACGAGGACGGCUGGAGGAACCACGACUACGACUCGGACUACACCCUACCAUCGCUCGGGCCGCCUCCUGGACAGGCCAACAUGGCGGGGCGCGCCUCCCUGCAGCCCGCGUGGCUGCUCGCCAGCGCCUCGUGCGGCCUGCUGCUCAACCACAGCUGAUGCCCGAGCGCGCGCUAGUGCUGCGAGCCCGUGGCCUCCGCGCCCGGUCGUACGGCCAGAGACGACCCCGCAUCGGUCCGAAGGCCAGUCGGAGACCCGCCGAACACACCACAACGAACCGGCACGGAACACGACCGAAAUAAAUGAACCUAUUUGCUAUGAGUGACCGAGCACGGCGAUUGUUGUUGACUUGAAAUCCUAGUGACUCUAACAUAUGCCUUUUUUAUAAGGAAAGGACGCGUCUGGAAGUUUGUCCAGUCUUAUGCUAGCUGAUGACAACCAUGCAAAAAAUUUUCCCUUAAUGACUUAAGAUUUUUUUUUCAUGUUUCUGAAAUGCAUUGUUGUAAAAUUGCAUUUGUUUCCACGUCUUAUGAGCUCAUACCUUUUUACUGUAAGAAUGUAUCAUAGACAUAUACGACUGCUCGUUGCCUAGAAAUGCCUCAGUAUACUCGAUGUAGUUGUUGAUUCUUGUGAGAUGGCUUCAGUCCGAUGGUAGCAGAAUUAUUUUUUUCGAGAUAUUCCGUCCCUUAUUCAGGAAUCCAGUUGCGUUUCCGGCUGUUUGUCAAACACUUGAAGACAUCUGUGAGCACUUGUAGUUUCCCGUUUGUUUAAAUUGCCCUGUUGAAAAGAAGACUGCAAAUUUUGUUUGUGCUUUGUUCAGAUUAAAGUGUUGAGACAUAGGUACUCAGCUGUUUGCACUUCUGCAAUGUACUUGGCUUGAAUCCUUACGGUAUCUAUAAAUUUGUUCCUUAAUAUUCGUUGAAGAAAAACCUUGAGUUUCUGUUAUUUAGUUAAAAGUUGACUUGUGUGUCUGAGUCUCGUGGAGAGAUGCCCUCCGCACGCAGUGUCCCGGGACUGAAGAGAGUGACAGUCGAAUAUGGUUCCUAGACGCAGGUGGUGAAAACUGUGACGUGCUCUGCCGAAGUCAAAGAGGCUCUGGACGCAGCCUCGUCUGUCCAGAGGACGGACAAUAACGCCCCAAGACUGGACUGCAGCAGAGGACUCACUGGAAUACGGGAGCCUCCAGAAAUCAUGCCAAACCAAGUCCUGCUUUUUGAAGAGAUUUGCUUUAGAGUCAAAUGAUUUUGUAUGUUUUACAAGGAAAUUCUUAAAAAUCUAGUUGCCAAAAUAUUUUGUUCAAAUGCCACAUUUAAAAUUUUGUACUUUCUAUGGUACGCUGAUGUGCGACAUUACAAAUUGUUUUCUAAUACUCCAUGUUUAUCAUAAUUUCGGAGACUAUAAUACUUGCUUGUCCAGAUGUACAAGUGUUAUAUAAUACACAGGAAUGUGUUCUGGUAGAGUAUUUAGAAAAAAGGACUUUGUGGCCGGAGUCGCUAACUACUGCUUAGCUUCUGGGUUAAUACCACGUUCGGGAAGAAGAUGGUUUGCCAAGCAUUUCGGUGUGCCUUGUCGCAGCCAUCUCCGCUCUUGAAGGCAACAGCUUCAAGACAUGCUUAAACUUCGGGUAAUAUAUCUUUUUAUCUCAGACGAGGGCUCAACCCAUAAGGCAAGGAGAAGAUAGUUUUAGAUUAACAAGAAGAUAUAUUUGGUCAACUAGAAUGUUUUUGUCACAACAAUUUUCUUCGUAAAAUUACAGCAGUGCUGUUACCACUCUUGAUGGCUAACAUGAGCCGUCAAAACGGAUUCACGAUUAUUCGGCAGAAACAAUGUUUAUUCUUCAGCUUUCGGAAUGCAAGCUUGUCAAACUAACCUCAAUACUGAGCUUUUCUUUGUUAUUUCAUUUGGAGCGAGCUGAUAAGUGUACCCAUAGGCUUGUCUCAACGAUUUUAAGACUCGGUGUAACGCUACAGCCUAUGCAGAGGGUUUAACUUUGGCACUUAGGGUUCAUUUCGUCGCAGCACUCGUGAAUCUCCUUCGCUGUGAUUACUGGGCCAUGGUGCUAUACUCCUGCGUCAGUGAUGGCCAUAAGACCUGAUUAUGCUCGUCCUAAACAAUGGGGAACCAUAAAAAAUAAUUUAAAACUGUUUCCGCAAUGCAAACACUACACUUCAGACAAUGUUUCGGUUGUCUAACAACAUGGCGCAGAGAAAAAACUGAAAGAAAAAUCACAGCUUCGCCUGUUUAGCAUGUGAUCAUGCAUAUGUGACCACCCUCUGCCUGGGAUCGAUUGGCCGGUGAAUGAGCAUUGUUUCUGCACACUUGACUAGUCUAUUUUAGCCCAAGAGAAUGCUGUAAAUAUUGAACUAGAUGAUAAGCAAGUUGGCUGACGGGCGCCAGGUGGCGCGAGGCGGGGCUGAGACAGCUACGGAACACACACUUUCUCUCGCGGGAACAAAAUGGCGUGUCGGAUACUUCGAUGUGGACCACAGACUAUACAUGGAUACAGACUGUGCGCACAAGUUGUGCAGUGGGGGUUUGGAUCCGUCAUGCAACUGCUUAUUCACCAAGAGAACUGAGUUCACGCCAGUCCAUUCCGAGGUCCGAACAGUUCCAUCUGAUUGGCCAUAUCACUCCACACUGUGUUUGGCCCUGCCAUCUGAUUGGCCAUAAAACUCAACGCUAUGUUUGGGCCUGCCAUCUGAUUGGCCAUAUCACUACAUGCUGUGUCUGGGCCUGCCAUCUGAUUGGCCACAUCACUCAACGCUAUGUUUGGCCCUGCCAUCUGAUUGGCCAUAUCACUCCAGCUGAUAGCCGGGCGAAUGUAAUGGAACUGUGGAGUGGGAGCCAGGGAUGUGAACCAUACUAUAACUAUAGCACAUGUAGCCUACUAUAAUUUACAGGUUUGUACAAUAGUCUUUGUACUUGAAAUUCAUUAAAGUACACAAAAAUACUAUUUUUGUUAAGUGAACAGUUGUCUCCAACCUUUUAUAAUUUAUAUAUGUGCAUCUUACCACAAAAAUAUAUAAACUUUCAUACAUAAAUUAAUGUUUUUUUAUAACCAUGUAAACACAAAAACACGUUUUCACAAUUAACAUAAAGUUUAUUUUUAAAUAUAUAUUUUGAAAUUUACAGUUUCCAUUUUGAAUUUUCGAACAUUAGUUUUGCUAAAAUGACUAUUAUUCUGUUAGCAUAUGGUUUGCAUAGCAUUCACAUUUUAAAUCCAUAUUUUGUUUAAUUCAGAAAAUUGAUCACAUUUUCUUCUUAAAAUAAAAUAAAUAAACAUAUUUGCUAGAAAUAAAGUUCAAAGUAAAGAAAACAGUCGAAUAAAUAAUGUGUUAUACAUUUGAAUUUCCAGUGUUUUUUUUUCAACCUUUACACAAGAAUAAUUUGUUUGUAUAUUAUUUGUAGAGUAAUUUUGUACAAAUUACUUUAUUUCUUAGCAACAUGUUGAAUUUUUAAACUUUUGAGGUUGCCAUCCCUGGCGGGCACCCGCCGAGUCAAGCUCCGUGUACGCAUGCGCAGUAGCGCUGCUCUGCUCCGUGUGCGCAUGCGCCAUAGCCCUGCUUAGCUCCGUCUCGUGGCCAGCUGUUGUAACGGACAUGACGCCACACCAGUCGCCUCGUUCAGCCGCUCUGUAUCGACAUAGCAUUAUUUUUAACUAUAAUAAAUUAUAUGCUUCAUAAA